AUGCCUGGUCGUUUAGAAGGUAAGAUUGCCCUUGUCUCUGGCUCAACCCAGGGAUUUGGAAAGGGCAUCCUCGAUCUCUUCGUGAAAGAAGGUGCCCAGGUUCUUGGCCUAGAUCUUCAAGCCUCCGAUGGGCCCGUGGCUGGCUACGACGAAAAGCGAGCUUAUCAGAUCAAGGCCAAUGUUGCCGAAGAGGCUUCAUGGACCAAAGCUCUUGAGACAUCUAAGGCGAAGUUUGGUGCCGCCCCAUCAGUCGUCGUACACAAUGCCGGGUGGUCGUACCCAAAUAAGUCUGGUAUCGAAGUUACAACCGAAGAAUUCGUUCGCCUCUUCGACGUCAACGUCAAGAGUGUCUUCAUCGCCUCUAAAAUCCUCAUACCAGAGAUGAAGAAGAACGGCCCUGGGUCUACUGUUGUUAUCUCGUCCGAGAAUGCCAUCCGUCCUGGUGCCACCCAGACGUGGUAUAAUGCCACUAAGGCAGGCGUCUCCUCCGCCACAAAGUCCAUGGCUCUCGAGUUUGCACGCGACCAGCUUCGAUUCAACACCAUCUGCCCUACUUCUGGCAACACCCCUCUUCUCAACAAGUUUGCCGGUAUCGCCGACGGACCUGUUCCCGCCGAGAUCUUAAAGGCCAAGUGUGAGGCUAUUCCAAUCGGCCGCCUCGUAGAGCCUUCUGACGUUGCCAACGUUGCACUGUUCCUAGCUGAGCCCGCCAGCUCGAUUAUUAGCGGCAUUGAGGUUCUUGUCGAUGGAGCUCGCUGUGUAUAG